AUGGGGGAUUCAGUUGCUCGUGUUAGAGACGCAGUCAGAUAUGUUAGGCAUUCACCUGCUAGGUUGAAAAAUUUCAAGCAUUGUGCAGAAGUAGAAAAAGUAGAAUGCAAAAAGAUGUUAUGUCUAGAUGUUAGCACUCGAUGGAAUUCUACUUAUUUGAUGCUAGACACGGCUCAAAGAUAUAAAAUGGCUUUUGAACGGUUUAGGGAUGAAGAUCCUUCAUUUAGAAUUGAGCUUGAGACUAGGGAUGGCAUACCAAGUAGUUUUGAUUGGGAACAAGUUAGAAAAUUUGUGAUGUUUUUGGAACACUUCUAUGAACUCACUAUACGAGUUUCAGGUGACAAAGGUUUAUUGGUGGGGAAAAAGGUUCAAGAUACAACAAUGGAAUUGUUUGCUAAGUAUAAAAAGUUGUCACAAUCUAAAAAUGAAGAAUCAAACAGGAGUGAAACUUCAAGCUCGACUUGCUCCACUAGUCAAGGUGAAGCAGCAGAACGAAAGUUCAAAGUUUUGUAUCAAAAGUACAAGACUCAAAUUGGAGGUGGAGAUAAUAAAUCAGAGUUGGAUAGGUAUUUGGGGGAGGAUUGUGAAAAGGACGUGGAGGGUUUUGAUGUUUUGGAGUGGUGGAGGUUAAAUAGUCAAAGGUUUCUCGUCCUUUCACAUAUGGUUCAUGAUGUUUUAGCAGUACCCAUCUCUACAGUUGCUUCAGAGUCUGUUUUUAGCACAGGGGGGUGUGUUCCUAAUGCCUUUAGGAUUUCUUUGACUCUUAAAAUUGUUCAAGCUCUUAUCUGUACACAGGAUUGGAUACGGGGUUCACAUACUCCAAUUAAGGUUGAAGAAGACAUAGAUGACCUUGAAAAUCUAGAAAAAGAGUUGUCAAAGGUUGCAUUGGAGUCCACAAUUGGUGAAAAAGACAAACAAAGAAAGACAAAGGACUUACAGGUGAAAUAA